GGACACAGAGCCAUCAGGAAACAUGAGCAACCCAUUUGCACACCUCGCUGAGCCUUUGGAUCCUGCACAACCAGGAAAGAAAUUCUUCAAUUUGAAUAAAUUGGACGAUUCAAGAUAUGGACGCUUACCAUUUUCUAUUAGAGUUCUCCUGGAGGCAGCCAUUCGGAACUGUGAUCAAUUUCUGGUGAAGAAAGAUGACAUUGAAAAUAUCCUAAAUUGGAAUGUCAUGCAGCACAAGAACAUAGAAGUGCCAUUUAAGCCUGCUCGGGUCAUCCUGCAGGACUUCACGGGUGUGCCAGCCGUGGUAGACUUCGCUGCAAUGCGUGACGCUGUGAAAAAGUUAGGAGGAGAUCCAGAGAAAAUCAACCCCAUCUGUCCUGCUGACCUUGUAAUUGAUCAUUCCAUCCAAGUUGAUUUCAACAGAAGGGUAGACAGUUUACAGAAGAAUCAAGACCUGGAAUUUGAAAGGAAUCGAGAACGAUUUGAGUUUUUAAAGUGGGGCUCUCAGGCUUUUCGCAACAUGCGGAUCAUUCCCCCUGGCUCGGGAAUCAUCCACCAGGUGAAUCUGGAGUAUUUGGCCAGAGUGGUAUUCGAUCAGGAUGGAUAUUACUACCCAGACAGCCUUGUGGGCACGGACUCGCACACGACCAUGAUCGAUGGUUUGGGCGUUCUCGGGUGGGGUGUGGGUGGCAUCGAAGCGGAAGCUGUCAUGCUGGGUCAGCCAAUCAGCAUGGUGCUUCCCCAGGUGAUUGGCUACAGGCUGAUGGGAAAUCCUCACCCUCUGGUCACAUCCACUGACAUCGUGCUGACCAUCACCAAGCACCUCCGCCAGGUUGGGGUAGUGGGAAAAUUUGUCGAGUUCUUCGGGCCAGGAGUAGCCCAGUUGUCCAUCGCUGACCGAGCUACGAUUGCCAACAUGUGUCCAGAGUAUGGCGCAACCGCUGCCUUUUUCCCGGUGGAUGAAGUCAGCAUCAAGUACCUGGUGCAGACAGGUGAGUGUGACACCGCGAGAAGCUGGGGCCUCCGUAACAUUCCAUGGAGCGCAGAAUGGGGCACAGGCGCAGCCUCUGCCUCCAGCCCUGAGCUGCUUUUCAAAGAUGGCUGGCUGGAAAGCGCUGGGCAGCAGCCACAUGCCCACCCUGCUCUUCCUGAGAGCGGCACGGCUGCCUGCUGCCCCACGCUGCCUGCGGGUCCAUUUUCAUCUUUGGAGAUUCAUCCCUUAGGAGUUGAAACGAACGCUGACCUCCCUGGCUUUGAAUGGGGUGGUGUAGUUGGUUUUUACUGUUGCAGGGCUUUAAGAUCUCUGACACGGCUUAUGCUUUGUCUGCGUGGGUGUAACGUUGGUUCCACGUUUCCUUUCCUUCCGGGGCGGCAGGUGGUGGAGUUAGACUUGAAAACGGUAGUGCCUUGCUGCAGCGGACCCAAGCGGCCUCAGGACAAAGUCGCCGUGUCCGACAUGAGGAAGGACUUUGAGAGCUGCCUCGGAGCCAAGCAAGGGUUUAAAGGGUUCCAGGUUGCUCCGGACCAUCAUGACGACCAUAAGACGUUUAUCUACAACAACAGCGAAUUCACCCUCGCUCACGGCUCCGUGGUCAUCGCUGCCAUCACUAGUUGCACGAACACCAGCAAUCCGUCCGUGAUGCUAGGGGCAGGCUUGUUAGCCAAGAAAGCCGUGGACGCCGGCCUGACCGUGAAGCCUUACAUCAAAACGAGCCUGUCUCCUGGGAGCGGCGUGGUCACCUACUACCUGCGGGAGAGCGGAGUCAUGCCUUACCUGUCUCAGCUGGGGUUUGAUGUCGUGGGCUAUGGGUGCAUGACCUGCAUUGGCAACAGCGGGCCCUUGCCUGAGCCUGUGGUGGAAGCCAUCACGCAGGGAGACCUUGUUGCUGUCGGAGUGCUAUCUGGGAACAGGAAUUUUGAAGGUCGAGUUCACCCCAAUACCCGAGCCAACUAUUUAGCCUCUCCGCCCUUGGUGAUAGCGUAUGCAAUUGCUGGGACCAUCAAGAUCGACUUUGAGAAAGAGCCACUGGGGGUGAAUGCAAAGGGACAGCAGGUGUUUCUGAAGGAUAUCUGGCCAACGAGAGAUGAGAUCCAGGCGGUGGAGCGUCAGUACGUCAUCCCUGGGAUGUUCAAGGAGGUCUAUCAGAAAAUAGAGGUGAGGGCCCGCCCGCCAUCUUCACCCGUUCACUCAGCCAGCUCCCCUCCCUCUUGCCUUGGCAGCCUGACUCCGAGGGAAUUCAACUCCUACGGCUCCCGCCGGGGCAACGAUGCCAUCAUGGCUCGGGGCACAUUUGCCAACAUCCGCUUACUAAACAAAUUUUUGAACAAGCAGGCACCGCAGACGAUACACCUGCCUUCUGGAGAAGUGCUUGAUGUGUUUGAUGCCGCUGAGCGGUACCAGCAGGCGGGCCUUCCCCUGAUUGUUCUGGCCGGCAAAGAGUACGGCUCCGGCAGCUCCCGGGACUGGGCAGCCAAGGGCCCUUUCCUCCUGGGAAUCAAGGCUGUCCUGGCGGAGAGCUACGAGCGCAUCCACCGCAGUAACCUGGUCGGAAUGGGAGUGAUCCCCCUCGAGUACCUCCCGGGGGAGACGGCGGACACCCUGGGACUCACGGGGCGGGAACGAUACACCAUCAACAUCCCAGAGAACCUCAAACCACGAAUGAAAGUCCAGGUCAAGCUGGAUACCGGGAAGACCUUCCAGGCGGUCAUGAGGUUUGACACCGACGUGGAGCUCACCUAUUUCCACAACGGGGGCAUCCUCAACUACAUGAUCCGCAAGAUGGCCAAGUAGGCCCCGUUCCCUCGGAGACCUGCCCUGGGAGCUGCCCCGGAGCGUGUGCGGAGCCACCGGCCGCCGAGCCCCUGGUGCAGAAGCGAGGCCCCGCCUCCCUGCGGGUGCUGCCUUGCAGACGGAGCACAGAGCA